GUUCAUGACGCUGAGGACAACGUUCCUGCUGGUGAGGACAAAGUUUCUGGCGAUGAGGAUAAGGUUCCUGGUGCUGAGGACAAGGUUCCUGGCGGUGAGGACAAGGUUUCUGGCGGUGAUGAAAAGGUUCCUGGCGGUGAGGACAAGGUUACUGGCGGUGAGGACAAGGUUUCUGGCGGUGAGGACAAGGUUCCUGACGGUGAGGACAAGGUUCCUGACAGUGAGGAGAAAGUUUCUGGCGCUGAGGACAAGGCUCCUGGCGGUGAGGACAAGGUUCCUGGCGGUGAGGACAAGGUUCCUGGCGGUGAGGACAAGGUUCCUGGCGGUGAGGACAAGGUUCCUGGCGGUGAGGACAAGGUUCCUGGCGGUGAGGACAAGGUUCGUGGCGGUGAGGACAAGGUUCCUGACAGUGAAGAGAAAGUUUCGAGCGGUGAGGACAAGGUUCCUGACUGUGAGGACAAGGUUCCUGACG